AUGGACAUCAACGGCGACGGCGACAAGCCUAGGCCAGCUGCGCCAUCUGAACCCAUAUCGCCCGCGCCCUCAUCGUCGGCUGUUCCCAAGACUUCCACCUCGAGGGUUGCUUCACCAAUUCGUGCUCCUACGCCUGACUCUGUGCGUGCUAUAGUUGUCAAGAGCCCAGUUCCUGAGAGCGCGCCUGACAAUGCUACAAAUGGCGUGUCCUUGACUUCAGCGCCCCAAGUCACAUCAACACCUAAGAUGCAGCGAUCACCAUUACCGUCUAUUUCAGCUUCAGCUCCAGCUCCAGUUGUUAAGGAACGCGUGCCAUCACCCGCGACUGCGACUGUGACUGCGACUCCGACCAGCCCCAUGCCCUCGGCAAGCAGUUUUAAGAGAAAAUCACCAGUUCUUCCUACAGCGAGUUCGGCUAGAAGCCCAUCACCAAGACUGGGCAACGGUCGCAAAAUCUCAAUCGGGGACGGGGAGGCAGAAAGCGAGCUUAGUGAUCCAGCAAGCACUGUUCAUUCUCCCUCUGGCGCCGACUUUAACGAGCUUGAAGACGAGAUCAUAGUGGGAGCACGCACUAACGGCAUGCGGAAGUCAUCUCCCCUUCGGCCAGCAUCUGAACCUGAUGACGAGAUUAUGGCAGAUGCUGACGAUGAGCCCAUCGUUUCUCAUUAUCCAAAACGGAAGCGAAACUCCAUUUUUCAUGACCUGAGCGAACGCAAAAUACUUGCAGACGAACGACAACCUUCGUCAACUACUACAAAAGCUAAGGCGUCCCGAUCUAGCUCAGGAGGUAUCAAGGGUGUUGUAAUCGGCUAUUGGAGAGAUUCAACUACCCCCAAAGAUCUCAAUCAUGCCGUUAUCGGCUUCAUGGACGUGCGUGAACGUCUACGGACUAGGAUACAAGCCAACACCAUAGAUGGCGAACCUCUGCCGGAUAUAUAUCCCUUGCCACCAGGCCCUGGAGGCAGCUGGGUGACCUUCGAGCGAAUUGUGUUUUUAGACCACCUUGUUGGACUGGACCAUACUCAAAUCAAGGAGUAUGUAAAAAUACGAUCAGAAAAGACAGGGAUCGAAGAGACCCAGGCAGAGAAAGUCGCCGCAGAGGCAGAAGCAGUCAGAGAAGCGUGUCGCCGAGCCAAGUUAAAUCCUGCUGCUGAGAAUGCCCAGAAUCCACCUCAAAUUGCAUAUGGUGUUGAUCUCCCCGAACACCUGCAGCGAGAUCGCGAUCCAAAGAGGAGAAGAACUGGUGGAGAGUUCGCACCAGUCAUUACUGUUCCUUCAAACGGCCCCACGAUUGAACACACCCCAAUUCAACCAGCGCCUGGUGGUCCUCAGCCUGUACGAAAUGUUGUUGAUCCUCUCCCAGGGACUCGACCUACGCGCAUUCUUAUAGGUCAUUGGGAAAAGUCUGAUGCGUCAAACCCCAAUGAUCGCCACGCAGUUUACGGGAUUUUGGGGCAGAAUGACAUGUUUCGCGUCAAGCUAGUACGAGAAACCCGGGACGGGCGCGUAUGCGAAGCGAACUUCCCUCAGGGGGCUGGUGCUCUUUGGAUACCUUACGAAGAAGUCGCCUUUGAGCCGCAUCUGCGGUCUUUGGCGCGGAACGAGGUGAAGGAGUAUUGCCGCGUACGACAAUGGCAGAUUGAUCAUGGAGAGGCACCUGAGGAGAUCACGGCAAACGAGACCCGCGCUGUAAACGAAGCCCAAGCGAGGAUUGCUGGGACAAACCACAAAACCCCUGCUCCUUUGUCUAUUGCGCCAGCCCUGCCUCGCCGUCCAGAUGACUACACCGAAGAAACUGGUCAGAAUGGACGAUACUCUGGUGGACAUGAACUUCGCCAGAGUCGCCGCGUCGAGGCGGCUAGGGCUGAAGCACGCCCGACACGCCAAUACCCUGUCGAGUACGACACCUCUCAGCCCCCCGCAGUUUCGCGUGCAGCCACGAGCAAGGCAUCACAGAACAGCAACGCACUUGAACGAACUUCGGCUUUAGCCGAGCGUGAGAUCUCUCGCGUUGAGCUUGCGCAGGAGCGUGCUCAUCUUCAAGCUGUAAACCGUGAGCGGGCAGCGGUGGCAGCAGCUCAGGCGACUGCCGCUGCAGCCGCCACCAUUCCUGGUCUAGACGUCAAUGGCCGCCAACAAUUCCAUGAAAGGGAGGAAGUGCAACGUCUCAACAAGGUUUGGGCACGCCAGGAAAGUCUUCGCAUAAGAACCAGUGCCGAUGAUGCAAAGAUGUUCGGUGGAAUCAAAUACGAACGCAAGGCCACCGGACCGUUUACAGGGAAACUGGUAUCUCAAGGGACAAUCAUCAACAUUGAUGGCGAAGACUACGUGGAAUAUCGUGUGCUCACGAAGCCAUCAUUUUUCUAG